UAAACACGUUACGUGAAAAAUUGAAAUUAAAGAGUUGCCAAAAGACUAAUUAAAAAGGAAAUUAGUGGAACACAACGCUUUGUCUCUAUAAUUUGUUUGAAAUGAUUAUGGUUGUAUUUUGUUGUUUGAAGAUAGCGAGUGCUGUGAAUGAGGGAAAACUUGUUCCAGAAGAAGUUAUUUUUGGUUUGUUAUCAAAGAGGCUAGAAGAAGGUUAUUGCAGGGGUGAAAACGGGUUCAUCUUAGAUUUAGUUCUGAAUCUCAAGUGUUCCGAUUGUUACGUGUCAAAGAGUGAUAGAAGCAAUGGAAUUUAUUCAGGUGAAGAUCAACUCCUCAAGAGAGGUAAUUUCAUGUCUUCAACGGUCAUGGAUGGUGCCUGGAGAGAGAAGCAACAUGUUCAAGAUGAGCAGUUCAAACCCUUAGAAGAGUACUAUAGGAAGCAGAAAAAACUCCUCGAUUUUCAAGUAGCAGGAGGGCCUGCAGAAACAUGGCAAGGCCUUCUGGCUGCAUUGCAACUUCAGAACAUGAUGAGUGCAGUUGGUUCGACACAGUUGACUGCAGGAUGUUGAUUUGAUUGUCAUGUGAUACUUAUUCUUUUUGCAAGUAUAUUAGGUGCAGCAAUAUGAGUAUCAAAAUCAGUUUUGAGCGGGAAUGUAGAGCUAGUUUUUGUUUCAUUCUUGUUUACGAGUGUAACCAUGUAGUAGCAAUGAAUUUCUAGCAGAAAACAGGGUUUGUUAAAUAUUAUUAUCUAUAUAUCUAUUGAGUGUGUUUUGCUUUGUUAACUUUGCAGUAGAAUAUCAAAUGACUUGAAACCUUUGUGACAACAAU